AUGUAUCGUUUAGGUAUACGAAGUUUGAUCCGUGUUCAGUUAAAACAAUGCUCCAGGUCAAUAACUUGUACUCAGGCAGUACAAACUACAGAUUGGCGGGUUUCUCGCGGACUUCCUAUUAACAAAAACGCUGAAGGAGUUCUUACAGAUGGCCCCGACUAUACCUUUUUGGACGGAAGACCUACCCCUUUACUGCAAAAACAAAAGUUACGAAUGCUCAAAAAUAGAGAAGUUGCAGCAAAAAUUGUUGAAUUAAGCACAGAAUUAGACUUUGCAAAAAGCAGACAUCAAAAGUUGUUAGAUGCUAAGGAGAGAGAGAGACAAACCAUCUUGCAAAAUAGACUAAAGCCAAAGGGAAAUGCACUGCUGAAGAAG